UGCUGAGGCACAUGCCUUGGGAGCUAAGUGGCAGCUAUACUUCACCACUAUGGCAGUAAAGAUGACUAUAAAGACGGGUGGGGGAUGGAUCCUUUCAAAUGUACUUGAGCUGGGAUGCCCAGCUCAUGGAACGCACAGCAGGAGGUGAGCAGUGGCCGUUGAGACUAUAUAGUUGCAGGAAAACAAUGUUGGGCUUCCCACUGAUUCUACAUUAUGAAGGAACAUCUGAAGGAACACCUGACGAGGCUGUACCCUUGGCGGAAAGAACACCUGACAUGGCUGAAAGCUUGGUGGAAAAACCACCUGAUGAGGCUGCACCCUUGGUGGAGGGAACAGCUGACAAAAUUCAAUGUUUGGGGAAAGCAACAUCUGGAAAGUUUGAACAGUCAGCAGAAGAAACACCUAAGAAAAUUAUGAGGCCUGCAAAAGAAACAUCUGAGAAAUUUGCAUGGCCAGCAAAAGAAAGACCUAGGAAGAUCACAUGGGAGGAAAAAGAAACAUCUGUAAAGACUGAAUGUGUGGCAGAAUUAACACCUAAUAAAACUGAAGUUUUGGAAAAAGGAACAUCUAAGAUGCUCGCAUGUCCUACAAAAGAAACGUCUACAAAAGCAAGUACAAAAUGUGGAUGUGAGUUCUGUAGAGUCUAUAUUCAGGUUCAGCUUUUCAACAUUUCAAAUAUUUCAGGGUACUCUCUGCAGUAUUUUAGGGUGAAGGGAAGCAACAGGACCUUCUUAAGUGGUUUUUAUGCUGAAAAACAAAGAAUGUCAUUUUCCAGUGACACAGAUUAGUCUUUGAAUCAGAGAUAGAUAAUGGAGAAGAAACAAGUCUCACUCUGUUGCCCAGGCUGGGGUGCAGGUGGCAUGAUCUCGGCUCACUGCAACCUCCACCUUCUGGGUUCAAGCAAUUCUCCUGCCUCAUCCUCCUGCGUAGCUGGGACUACAGGCGUGUGCCAUCACACCCAGCUAAUUUUUGUGUUUUUAGCAGAAACAGUGUUUCACCAUGUUGGCCAGGAUGGUCUUGAUCUCUUGACCUCAUGAUCCACCAGCCUCGGCCUCCCAAAGUGCUGGGAUUACAGGCGUGAGCCACCACACCUGGCCGAAACUCAUGUUCUAUUAAACAUAUCAUUUCAAGGAAUACAUUACUCUUUAGAAUUCUGAUUACCAAAACUUUCUUCAAGUGAAAAGUUUAUGAAACAUUCCUUUUUAAAUUUUUUCUCUCUGUAGUAAAAAUGUUAUAGCUUUUAGGUAUUGGCUGAAGACCAUGUUUAACUAAUUGAGUGUCUUAUUAUAUAAUAAUGAAAUUAAAAUCUUUAUUACACAGGUAUUAACAAAAUAACUAAUUGUAAUGUAAAUACUGACCGGCAUUAUAGGAAUAUAUUAUGAACAGAAGUCUGUAUUUUAUGUAUUUCAUCACAUGUCUUAUAUAGCAGUUGUUUUUCCUUUUCUUUCAUGACUGAAGCUCAUACUUGAUUGACUGGUUAUGUCUCUUGUUUCUCCCUCCUCCUUCACCUUUUUAAAAAUGAUUUACCCCAGACUUUUUUCUCACAGAAUACAUUUCUUCAGGGUCUGCUUUUUAGGGCAUCUCUGUCUCAAUUGUCAGCAUACUUAUUUACAGGUUUCUAUUUAGUUGCUAUGUAUUAUUUUCAUUAAUCAAUCAUUGCCACCCCCCAUGAUUUAUAUUUUUUUCUCUGUUUCUUGGAAGAAGCAGAAUUUAUACAAUUAUUUAUACUUAGCUUUUUGCCACACAGAAUAGAAACAACCUAUACUAUUUCAAUGCAAACCCAGUUAAAUAAGGUACUAUUAAAAACUAAACUCUCACAUUUUUUCCAUACAAGAGGUAAUUAAUACAACUGUAAAUUGUGAAGAGAUAUUUCAAAAUAUAACAUGUAAUUUAACUUUUUAAGUUUUAAUUAUUUCUACAAUUCUAUAAUCUAUGUAACAGUAAAUUUUUGUCCUAGGUUAUUUUGGUUAAAAAAAAAUCUAAUGGAUACCACCAUAUUUGUAUAAUAAUAAAUUAGACGAAGGGGGAUGAAAGGAAAUUAUUCAUUGAAGAAGGGUAAGACAAACACAGAGACUACAUGAGAGAGUCAAGAUGAGGCAGACUAUUAUAAAAACACAGCAAAAAUAGUGGUUUAAAUGAGAGCAGGAACUCUCUAGAAUAAAAGAUAUAAAUUAUUUAAAAUAAAAAUUAAGAAAACGUAGCCAGGUAAGAAAAUACUGCUCACGUGUUUUCGAGUGGCCUAUAGCUGAUUUUAACAAAAAGCUGAAAGAAAAUAUAAAGACGAGUAUAGGUAAGAGCAAUUUGUUGUACUCUUUAAAAUACCUAGCAGAGAAUAAUUUGAAUGUUUCUAGCAUAAAGGAAAGAUAAAUACUUAAGGUGAUUAAUAUCUCAAUUAUUCUGAUUUCAUUAUGUGAAUGUAUUAAGUUAUAAUAUGUACCCUCAAAACAUAUACAUUUAUAUUGUGUG